AUGGAGGUUCUUGUUGAGAAAUCUCUCAUAAAAGUUCGUGGCAAUAGAUUGUGGAUGCAUGAUUUACUACAACAAAUGGGUAGGGAUAUUGUUUACCAAGAGUGCCCUAAAGAACCUGGAAAGCGUAGCAGACUAUGGUCAUUUCGGGACAUUAACAAUGUACUCACAAAUAAUAAGGGAACAGAGGCAGUUCAAGGCAUAGUAUUAGAAUUUUAUGUACCAGAAAUGGUAGAUUGGAAUCCCGAAGCCUUUGCAAAGCUACAAUAUCUAAAAUUGCUCAAAAUUUGUGGCGUUCAUCUUACGAAUGAUCUUAAACAUCUUCCCAAUAGCUCAAGAUUUCUUGAUUGGAAAGGGUACCCUUUGAAAUCGUUGCCAUCAAGUUUCCAAUCAAAUGAGCUUGUUGAACUUUGCAUGUGUUGUAGCUACAUUGAACGACUUUGGAAAGGAACAAAGAGUUUUGAGAUGUUGAAAUUUAUCAAGCUAACAAAAUCUCAAAAACUUAUUGAAACCCCAAACAUCAUUAAAGUCCCAAAUCUUAUGACAUUGGGGUUAUCAUCAUCAUCAUCAUCUAAUAAAUUGUGGAAUGAGCUCCUCCCUUUUUAUUCAAUGCCAAGAAGUCCUGAUCCCAUGGAUGUGCUAUUCUCUUCUUUAUCAGGUGCAUGUUCUUUGACCGGCUUGAACUUAAGCAAUUGCAAUCUCAAGGUAAUAUUUGAUGAUAUUGGUUCCUUAUUCUCUUUAGAACUUUUGGAUCUAAGUGGAAAUGAUUUUGUUUGCCUUCCGGAAAGCAUCAUUCAACUUUCGAAAUUGAAAUGGGUGGUGUUGGAUAAUUGCACUAGCCUUCGAUCGUUGCCAAAGCUUCCAUUGAAUAUUGAAUCCAUUUAUGCCGAAGGUUGUGUUUCACUGCAAAUGGAUAAAAAAUCCCUUAAGAUCUCUCUCUCUCCCACUGAGAAAUAUGAGAUUGUUAUUCCAGGAAGUGAAAUGCCAGAGUGGUUUAGGCACCAAAGCAUGGGGGCUGAAGUGAAUAUAAAACAACCCUCUCAUUUGUAUAAUGAGUGGAUGGGAAUUGUUGUUUGCAUUGUGUUUUGUUCACAUGAUGUUGAUCACCAAAUCAGUUGCUUAAUUCCCCUGUACUGUUCAUUGACAGCCAAUGGAAAAAGAAUGUCUCCUGCACUAGGCAGUAGCUUAAUUCCUAAGGUUUUACCAGAUCACCUUUGGCUACUCUAUGUAACUCCUCAAUUCUUCGAUGAGAAAUCAAAUAAAUUAUUGUCUGAAAGUGAUGCGAAUGGAUUCACUCAGAUUGGAAUAAAAAUUGAAACAGGAGGUCCAGGUGAGGAGGUUAAAAAAUGCGGGUUCCGUAUGAUAUAUAAUAAAGACAUAGAAGAUCUCGACCGAACAAUGGCCCAGCAUAGCAACAGUAGCAUCUCUCCUUAUGAGAGCAUGGCUAUGAUAGUGGAAUGUGACAAAGCCAAACGAAGUUGUGAUGAUUACGAUGGGGCUGGACUCAGUGGAGAAGGAAGCUCUAAUGACAUAUCAAACCCAAAAAGGAUUAAAAGGCACACAGAAACCCAUGGUAACUCUGAUUGUGAGGAGUUAAGUGAAUACAAGGACUGUGAUGAGAGUUAA